AUGAAAGAGCUGAUCGAGAAUGUAAAGCGUUUCAAUGACGACGUGACAUUUUCCUACGAUGCGUUCACUAGAAAGGUGACUGUUCACCUACAAAAUAACGUAGAACUUUUCUUUGGUAACAUUGGAUACCUGCUGGGAUUUUCACCAGAUAAAAUUAUUUCUAAUACCUCUAGCGCUGAAAGACAAGUGGAUUUGGAAUACGGCUUUCACGACCUUUUCAUUUACUGUGAUCUUAUUCAGUCACAAUAUGUUGGAGAUGCAUUGGUACCUUUGCUUCCAAUUGUUCCUGUAGAAGGAAAGGUUGGGGAGCGAGUCAGUAAAUCAUUUUUGCGCCUCCAAUAUUUACCUGUCAGCAGAAAGCAAUUUGAAACUGUCGAAGUCAAUAUAAAGACAGACACAGGGGAGUCUGUACCAUUUGAGUUUGGGAGAGUGUUGUUAACACUUCAUUUUCGUCAAAGUGCACCUCAGUACUUUUAAAGACACACUCCAAAUCACAAGUUGUACGAACAGUACUAUGUUAAUCAAGCCAAACAAAAAGGUGGGAGUUUACCAGCGUUUCACGGUGCUCGAUUUCAGCAUGGUUAUGGACUAGGGUCCAUAUUCAGAGGUCUGUUUCGCUGGGCGAUGCCUCACCUUGAACAGGGUGCUAAGGUGAUUGGAAAAAAGGCUUUACAAACAGGUGUCAAUGUCGUCCAAGAUGUUCUUGAUGGAGAUAACAUUAAAACAGCAGUCCACAAGCGCACGAAACAAGCCCUCGGUCUACCUUCUCAGAAUUCAUUGCAGACACAAUCAGGAGCUGGCAAAAAAGCUAUAAAAAGAAAAGGGCAAGGAACCAAAAUCAGUUCGCCUCAAGGCAAGAAAGCAAAAACAUCUCCGCAGCAAAAGAAGCCCAAAGAGAAAUUUUCUUUCUGGAAGUAA